UUCUAGGCAUUGAGUACCUGUACAGUCAGACUGGUAAAUCCCUUACUGACAUGGAAAACCCGGAGGAUGAGGAUCGACUGGUGGAGCAGAUGGACGAUGAGGAGGUGCAGGACGAAGGUUUUCUGGAGGAGGAACCUAUUGACUUGACGGUGCCUGUCCUCUAUGACACCAUCGAGACUGUCCCACAGCCAUCCACAUCCAGUCAAGGGCUGCCUCCACCGAAGUCCCCUUCCCAGCGUCGUGUGCCCUCCCCCCUGCAGCGUCCUCUUCAGCACCCUGACGAGCCUAGUGCUGCCUCUGAUCCUGCCACAUCUGCUGGGUCCAGUGCUGCAGACCAGACUCUUGCUCCAAUUCUUGGACCUGAUGGCGUACCUGGCUGGGAUAAGGUCCAGGACUUGGCUGAAUACCUGGUGUCCCUCCGUCAGGCACGCUACCUGGACGAGCAGCAGGUCAGCGAGGUCAUCCUCUUGUGGACUGCUCUACCUGAAGGGGACAAGCGGAGGAUCCACUACCAGCCCAGACACCAGCCCAAGCUUGUCCACGGACGCUACAAGGCCCCGAAGAACGCAGGAACGACACCGGGUGUGGACAGUGUGAAGAAGUGCCUGAUUGGUCAUCCAGGAGGGCCAGCUCAGUGGCCCAGCUCAAGCCGCUUAGUUGAGACUAUGUGCGUCAAGCUGUGUGCACUACACAAGUCUCCAAGUAAAAAGGAUGGAGUCCGCCUUCCUCGUUGGACCAAAGUACUCAAUGACUACCACCACAUCCGAGACGUGGUGCUGAACUGCCACACCCUGAUGGAGGCCACCUCUCUUCAACUUUUCCUGCUGAAUCAGAGGACUCUCACUCAGUGGUUUAAUCGACGGGAGAACUCUCAGGAGCGAAGUGUCCUUUCCCAAGGCCUUGCUUGUGAGGACCGCAUCGCUGUGGCCAGCUCACAGCUUCCUGCUCCACGGGAAAGGAUGGAGAAGCCUCCCUCCACAUCAGGGCCCCAGCACGAGUUCGUCCUUCCUCCAAACAGGGCGGGACAGGCUCCUAAGUUGCGGCCGGGUAGACAGCCUGCUAGUGCCACUGUCGUCCGGCCCAUCGCUCCAGCACAUCCUCCUGCUCCUCUUGCUCUCCCAGCUCCUGCAUUGCCGCCUCAGAUCAUUGUUUUAAACCCUGGUUGGUCCCUAGCCGCCCCUGUCCAGGCUCAAACUCCUGUUGCCCCUGUGGCUCCUGUGUCCCGUCUCACAGUGAGGAACAAGCGGCGCAGGGCAGAACAGGAAGCCAGUGGAGUCCAGAAAAGAAGAUAUGUCCGCGAAGUGGCAGUUAACAAGUGCUCAAAGUGUGGGCAACCCAAAAUUAAGGAGUUUGGACACAGCCGCUUUGGCAGGGCCACCUUUUGCCUCAAUUCGUCAGGAGGCAAAUCUUUAGAAGUGUGGCUGAAUGAGCAGCGCCAGCAGAAAGAACUGCGAAACCCGCCCCCUUAACAAAAAUCUGGAUGGACACACUUGUAAAUAAUGUAGAAUAAACUGUAAAUA